AUGGCUCGUGCCAUGGCACGGAUCUCGAACGCGGCGGCCGGCCACGAGGCGCUGGACAUGGGCAAGCUGCUCCACAGCUUGUCCAUGGCCAUGGUCUGCCGCGCGGUCUUCGGGCCGGUGUUCAACAUGGACGGCCGCUGCCAACAGCUGCAGGACCUUGUCCGUUCCACCGGCGCCCUCGUCGCCGGUUAUAGCGCGCUGGACUUCUUCCCGGCCUUGGUCAGCAAGGCUGGCUUCAUCAGGCGGUUUGUCUGCGGCAAGGCGGCCAAGCUCAGGAGCGCGUGGGACGGGGUUCUAGAUGAAAUCAUCGCGGAGCACGAGCAGGACGGAUUCAUCGACUCGCUGAGGUCAGCUCAGCGCGAGUACGGGUUGUCCAAGGAGCACGUGAGAGUAAUCUUAAUCGACACCUUCUUCGGCGCCACCGACUCCACCUCAACGCUCAUGGAAUGCGUUUUGGCGGAACUAAUGGCGAACCCUCGCGCGAUGUACACCCUCCAAGCCGAGCUGAGGAGAAGCGUCCCCAACGGAGGAAGCAGCCAUGGAGAUGGAGGGAUACUAACCCAGGAUGAUCUCGCGGGUAAACCAUACUUCAAGGCAGUGAUCAAAGAAUGUUUUCGCCUCCACCCUCCAGCGCCCCUGCUCGGGCCGCACCUGUCCAUGGACAGGGUGCGACUCCUCGACGGGUACCAGAUCCCAGCAACAAUGCCCAUCAUGGUGAACGCCUGGGCCAUCGGGCGGGACCGGGGCGUUUGGGGUGAGGACGCUCAUACUUAUUGAUCUUGUGCUGGAGGAGUAUCCGCUGAUACCAAACUUUUCUGUCCAAAUAUUUACCGUGCCUACGCUGACUACAAGGCUUGUGCACGAGCACAAUUUGUUGGGUAUUCUUCUUGAAUGUUUGACAGCUCUGUUUCUUUCUUGCGUUGGUGAGGAUGGUCGUUUACAGGUAUGUUUAUCUUCUUCUUUCUGUGGCUCAAAAAGUUAGAUGCUUAUAU